UGAAAUACUUUUGAAAAUAUGACAGUGACGACUUUUGAGAGAGGGCUGACCACAAGAGAAAUGUGAAACAUCGUUUAAACCAACAACAAGUUGCCUUGCUCAAUUACCUUUUCUUUCUCGAGAUACACGAGUCAGGUCGCCACCAGUCUCAUCAAAAUAUUUUCCAGAAGUGAACGGUUUUCGCUUGCUCGCGAUUCGCGGAAUUAUCACACCAUAAUCCGAAUUUCUACCGAUAUCUUUUAUACGUCUGUGUUUUUUCUCUCGUCUGAGAUGAUAGUCAUUAAUUGUGUGCAGAAGUGGCGUAAAGAAAAGGAAGGCGGAUCGCACGGGCAUCGUUGACACUGCGUUGUUAUUCCGACUGCACUUCGCUCCAUCACUUUCCAUCUCCUGUCACCGAAAGGCUCCGUGGAGAAUAUUGUUUCAAGGGGUCAAAGGUCCCAGGAGAGAAAACAAAGAGGAGAAGAGAAGAACAAAAAAAUUGAAGAAAGAAAACCCAGACCAAAACAAACAGUGAGUGGAGAGAGCGAGAGAGAGAGAGCGAGAGAACUGAAUAGGGCCAGUGCUAAGGCACCAUGGGCAAACAGAACAGCAAACUUCGCCCUGAGGUUCUCAACGACCUGAGAGAAAACACAGAAUUCACUGACCAUGAGCUGCAGGAGUGGUAUAAGGGAUUCCUGAAGGAUUGUCCCACGGGUCACCUGACUGUGGAGGAAUUCAAAAAAAUUUACGCCAAUUUCUUCCCGUACGGCGACGCUUCCAAGUUUGCCGAGCACGUCUUCCGAACGUUCGACACUAACGGCGACGGCACAAUCGACUUCCGGGAGUUCAUUAUUGCUCUAAGCGUGACGUCACGAGGAAAACUAGAACAAAAGUUAAAAUGGGCCUUCAGCAUGUACGACCUGGAUGGAAAUGGAUAUAUCAGCCGAGCUGAAAUGCUGGAGAUUGUUCAGGCCAUCUAUAAGAUGGUUUCCUCUGUGAUGAAGAUGCCAGAAGAUGAGUCCACCCCAGAGAAGAGAACAGAUAAGAUAUUUAGACAGAUGGAUACCAACAACGAUGGGAAACUUUCGUUGGAGGAAUUCAUCAAGGGUGCCAAGAGUGACCCUUCUAUUGUUCGCCUGCUCCAGUGUGAUCCCAGCAGCGCUAGUCAAUUCUGAGAAACAACCAAUCGCAAAAUGGACAGCGCAAUAGGGACACGCCCUCUUGUCCUGCCACCAAUCAGUCACUGAUCUGAUAAACACAGCUGUAGUUGUUAUUAUUAUCAUCAUCAAUGCUACAUAAAUGCUUUUUAAUGAACUUUUACUCAACACUAGAGGUCGUAAUUCGUCAUCAAAUGCCCACAUUUUUCGUUUUUUGGCCUGACACUCAAGCUUUUAGCUCACACAGAGGUUUUUAGCAGCAGCAAAACUAGCACCUCACCUAAUGAUUGGUUUCAGUAUUGAUCAUACCAUACACCUCACCUUUGUGGUGUAAUUGGUUCAGCAAUGUGCUAACAGUUGUCUUAAAGGCAUCAACAAAAAAAUAAUGAAGUUGUGGUGCAGUUCGUCUCAUUAGUGAAGUAUUCAGGUGCUUCUGGAUUGAGACUGCAGUUUGCUAGCUAAGAAGAGUUUCAGCUAAUGUUAAUAACCUCAGUGUCAGUUACGGUGCGUUCAUAACUGGGAAACCCAGCUUUCUUUGACACUAUCCCAGGUUCCCAUUGGAGUACUGACUUAUUUCUGAGUCAGAAACUCAUAGUUAUGUGAACACUGCAUAACUUGAAUGCAUCAUUAGUGCUCUGCACAAAGCCUAGAGCUGAACUUCAAGUGCACACGGAACUAGUCAGACCACUGCUUUAACUGACCAAUCCCCUUGUUUCCCUAGUUUUGCUGUAGUAUAUUGUGUAUAGUAUUUCAAUGCUGUAAUUUCAGGUGAUAUAAUAGGUAUUGACAGUAUUUUCUGUGCACAGUAAUCACUUCCAGGAUGUGCUGUCCUCUGGUGUGUGUGUGUAUGUGUGUGUGUGUGUGUGUGUGUGUCUUGAGGCAUUAGUUUCACGCUUCAUGACUUUGAGCUUCUGUAAGCUGGCCCGGAGCUGCACCAUCUUCCUGCCGUGUCUGAAUGAACAUUAUGGAGAAAAUGAACCGCUUCACGUUUGGUCUUUUGCUGUGCUUGUGGUCUGGCUGUUACUGUUUGACAUUUUGAUGAUGGUAAUAAUGAUAUAUUUUUUUGUAUUGUUCUUGUAGUGGUUGCAAAAAAAAUGUUAUUGCUCGUCGUUGUUUUGUAUAGAAUGCCAUUACUGUUGUGAAUGGUGAAAUUGAAUGCACUAUGUGAUUGUAUAGAAUAUACUAUUCAUGUAACACCCAAAGUUUUUUUCUUAUUAUGCUCACAAAUUCCUUUUGUCACCCAAACUUAAAUUAUAUUGAAGCAUAUCUUCAUAAGUCUACGCGUACCAGGUAAGACACAGAUUACAGUGUAAUGCAAAUGCCAGCAUGGUUGGCAUCGCAGUAAAGUGUGGUUCUACAGGUAUCCAUUGACACAUAAAGUCAUUACAGGACAUCACUUCUUCCCAAAGGCAGCGUAUGAAGUGUGUGUAUACACACACACACACACACACACACAUUAUUACACAGAGGUGUCCCUGACCAAUGUGAAAGAUCAUGUCAAAUGCCUUUAUAUAGUAUAUGAACCCAUGUCAACAAAGCACCUGGCUUAACACAUAGUCCUUGACUGAAUCCAAACACAACAUUUAUCAGAGCCUCUCCCUGACAGUGUCUUGGCAUUAGUGGGAGGAGAAAGGGUUGAAAUGGUUAGAUCAGUUUGGGUAUAUUUAUGACAUAUUGUACAAUUGUUUGGAUGAAGGACUGUACUUGGCUCAUCCUCCAGGAUGGAUUUACUGUUGUUUCUGUCCUAAAUACCUUUUCGCACCUCUUCUGUCUGUACAGAAAGAAUCCAAAUUUUAACUUGACUCUGUCUCUCUCUCUCUCUCUCUCUCUCUCUGUCUCCUCUUUCUUCUUUGCCUGUAGAGGUAACAGUAAUAUGAUCAAAGAUCAACUGUUGAGCAGCAUUGAAAUGGAUUAGCAUGUAUUAUUAAGUUGUACAAAUUAAGUUACAAUAUCAGUGAUUGGUCAAGUAUUUUUUUUGUAGUGGACAAAUCAUGUGUUAUAUUACUAUGUUUGUACAAGCUGAUAGCAUAGGCGAUAGGUAAUGAUUUAGAUAUAUCUACCCUACAGUUCCUGCAACAUUUCUGCCUCAUGCUUUUUAAUUUUGUCAUAGUGCUAACCAAGGGAAGGGUUGAAAGAGGGAUGAUCAUUCUGAAAGGGAGGAUUUAAAGGUGGGGUGGGGGGCGCUGAGCAGGAACUUGUCCCGGUGGUGUGGUGGAUUGCUGUGUAACAAGCUGUUGUCAUUGUGAUAUUUGCUCACCUGCUGCCAACUACUGUGAUUUCAGAAAUGACAAUAAAAUGUUUUCUGUUA